CCCCAGUUUGCCUUUUUAAAGUACAAUUUAGUGGCAUGUAGUGUAUUCAGAAUAUUGUGCAACUGCCACUCUGGUUUCGAAACGUUGAGUGUGCGUGUCGGGUGGGUCUGUUCUUGGUUAUGGGUGAGGUGCACUCACUGAGGUGAAGACGCUGCCUGCUUGUCCAGGGCGUCUCUGGCAUCCAGCUUCACCACCACACUUGAAUGAAUGAACGAGUGAUGCCUCUCUGGCCACCUUGGACCUACCCGAUCUGGGAUGCAGCCAGCCUUAUGGAAGGUUCCAGCGCCUACUCCACCGCGCCCAUUUCAUAGCUGGGGCUCCAAGUGCGCCUAGCGGGCAGACCUGGCCCCAGAACGUCCAGGCACAGCAGUUCCUAAUUCUCCAGCCUGGGGUGUCAUCCGAAGCCAAGCGCCGGCGGUCCAGGAAGAGGCACACCAUAGACCUGGGUCGCUGUAGUCGGCUGCUUUCGGUUUGACCGGGUCUCGGUCGCUGAUCUCGGAAGGCGCGCCCCCCGCCCUCACCGAGAGGGCCGGCCCCGCCCCGGCCUCCGCUUCCUCUGGGGCAGCUGGCACUGCAGCGAUCAGAGGCGCCGGGACGAGGUGGCGGCGGCGACGAUGGCAGGNAAAGAGUUGGAGCGAUGCCAGCAGCAGGCAGACGAGGUGACGGCAAUCAUGCUCAACAACUUCGACAAGGUCCUGGAGCGCGAUGGGAAGCUGUCCGAACUGGAGCAGCGUUCAGACCAACUCCUGGACAUGAGCUCAGCCUUCAGCAAGACAACCAAGACCCUGGCUCAGAAGAAGCGCUGGGAGAACAUCCGCUGCCGGGUCUACGUGGGGCUGGCGGUGGGCGGUGGCCUGGUUGUCAUCCUGAUUGUGCUGCUGGUCAUCUUUUACUGGCAGAGUGGUGGGGGCAGUAGUGCCCCUCAGGCCCAGGACUCAGGCACUGCCUCAGGGCCUGGCGACUGACCCAACUGGGCUUGGAAAGAGGCCUGGAAUGGCCACACCGGCUGGUUCUGGUCUCCAGAGAACCCCAGGCGUUUGCUCCCAUCUGAGCCACUCCAGUGAAUGCUGAAGGCAGCCCGGAUGUGUGCACCUCUGCAUCUCCCCACACACCACAGACUGGCCCUCAGGGCAGCCCACUGCACUGGCCGUGCCAGGCCUGCCCCACCCGGAGCUCAGUAAAAGCUGCUGUUUGGUUAAAAGCUGGUGUGUGUGUGUGCAUGUGUGUGUGUGUGUGCGUGCGCGCGUGUCUGUCUGUCUGAAGGUCCCCAGCUUGGUAAAUUCCAUUCUGCUUGACUCCUGGGGUAGCUUACAAAGCAGAUGGGGUUGUGGUUGAAGCGGCUCGAUCCCACGUGGCCAACUGUGUGGUUUGAGUUCUGGACUCAGCAACUUGAAAAACAUGCCAGGUGUGUGUGCGUGUGUGCCCAAAAUCCUGAAGAAGUCGAGAAGGGAUUGUGAUGUGGCCACCCCUCCUGUGUUUGCGGAGGUGUGCUUCCGUACUUUCCCUCUUUGUCUCCAGUGAGUGUACCCACCC